UCCCUCGCGGCGGGUGUCAGGUGUGAGCGGCGCCGUCAGCUCUAAGGGUUCGCGGCUAACGGCGUCUUUGCGGGCUCAGCCGCCCCCGACCCUACUCCUCUGGAGAGAAGAUGGUGGGCCGGAACAGCGCCAUCGCCGCGGGUGUGUGCGGGGCCCUUUUCAUCGGGUACUGCAUUUACUUCGACCGCAAGAGACGGAGUGACCCCAACUUCAAGAACAGGCUGCGAGAACGAAGAAAGAAACAAAAGCUUGCCAAGGAGAGAGCUGGACUUUCUAAGUUACCUGACCUUAAAGAUGCUGAAGCUGUUCAGAAAUUCUUCCUCGAAGAAAUACAGCUUGGUGAAGAGUUACUAGCCCAAGCUGAAUAUGAGAAGGGUGUAGAUCAUCUAACAAAUGCGAUCGCCGUGUGUGGGCAGCCCCAGCAGUUACUGCAGGUGUUACAGCAGACGCUCCCACCACCAGUGUUCCAGAUGCUUCUGACUAAGCUUCCAACAAUCAGUCAGAGAAUUGUAAGUGCUCAGAGCUUGGCUGAAGAUGAUGUGGAAUGAGAAACAAAUGUCAACCUGAUAAUCCCAAUUAAAGAUAUUUUUAAAAUCUUAAGUCGGAAGAUUUUAAGAUUUAAAAUCUUAAGCUCUGGGGGAAUAAGGGCAAAUAUGCUUUUAUGGACUGUCCUACACUGAAAUCUCCUGAAGUUAAUUUUUACUUUGUGUAGAUCCAUUUGUCUAUUUUAUUUAUUUUUCCCAGUGGAAAGUGUAUUUUGAUAGAGAGCUUUUCAUUUUAUGAAUACACUAUGAGUUACCGAAAUAUCAUGGGUUUUGUUUAUUCCUAAAAUGUGCAAUUAAAAUGUACAUGUAGCAUCACAUUAUUUACAUUAACAAUGCCCAGUGCUCCGUUUGGAAAGAUAGGGGAAAAGUAUAGGAGAAAGCUGAAGAAUGCACAUUUUUUUAAGCUGGUACAUUUUGCUGUAAUCAGAAAAUUGGAUGAAAACUUGAUCGUGUUUAUCAAAACUGAGCAUUAAAAUCUUUGAGAGUCAUUUCUUUCCAUUUAAUCUCUUAAAAAUCUGAGAUGUGCUGCUGUGCUGUAUUAACAACUCUACUCCCACCGUAUGUAUCAGUCUUGAAAUGUUUUUUUAAAUCAGUGGAUUUAAUGUGUUCUGGGUAUUUAUCUCCUUGUAUUUUAGGUACAUGUAGUUGCAAGUAGCACCGGGAAUUAGGUCUGUGUCCACCCCUCAUCCAGCUCUGUGAGCUUCACCAGUUAAUGUCUGCCCACUUGCCUCAUUUACAAAAUGAAGGAAUUGGUCUGCUAACUCAGAGAAGUGUCCCUUUCAGCUUCUAGUUUGGUUCUGUUCAACAUCUUCAAAUCCAUCAUCCCCUGAGGGAUAUAUUUGUUUGGGUAACCAGGCCUUGCAUUUUUUUAAUACUCCGAAUUUUGCAUGCUUGCCUGACUUAGUGUUUCUGAAUUGAUUUUUUUUUUAAGGUGUAACUUGUGUUGAUUUUCACUGAAAUCAUAUGGUUCUGUCACUACUCUUGUAAAUUAAUUUGAAAGUUCAAGGUAACUGGGAUGAUAUGCUUGUAAAAAUGUUCUCCUUUGCUUUUAUCUUAUAUGUACCUCUUUAAUCUUCCUUCAAUCUGAUUCAUUUAUCUUGUUAUAAUGAGAAUAAGAUGUAACCUUGUGGCUGAAGACUUGCAAAGAGUGAAAGUAAUGAGACUUCUUAUUCUCAAAAUAGUGACAUAUUAUCUGCAGUCACAGAUUCAGUAUCAGACUUGAGAAUAAAGAUUCUUGGUAUUUAGUGUCA